AUGGGUAAAAACCAGGUACUCAAAAGUUUAAUGGAAAAAUCUGUGGCAACUAAUUUGAAUGCAACAUCAACUUUACCUUUAGACAUUAAAUCUAAAAAUGAAAUAUAUAAAGAAGUGGCUGAUAAUGGUAAAACUGGUAUGAGCUUGAAAUUAAGUCAAACUUAUGCCUACGCCAAAAUGUUGAUGAAGUUUUAUAAAUCCGGUGUGAGUAAUGUUUGGAAUAAUAAUAAACAGUAUAAAUUACUUAAGAACCAACAGUUCAAGAUUAAUCUGGUGGUUGGAGGUAAGGACACCGAUAUUAAACUCCCCAAUUUCGUCAAAUUGACUCAUCAUAUGUCACAAAUGUUGUUCAUCAAUAAAAUAGAGAAUGAAAGAGGUAAUUCUGGUAUUAAAGAUCAUUCUAAAGGUGAUUUUCAAAUAACUCCAAAACUUUUCAAUUUAUCUCGUGGUGAAUACCAGUUGAUUAAACGUACACCCAAAGAUUUCAUGAAAUUGCCAAUGUUUGCUAUAAUAUUUGCCAUCUUUGUGGAAAUGACACCUAUAAUAUGUUAUGCUAUACCUCAAGUAACUCCUUCAACUUGUGUAUUACCCUCAAUAGAACCCAGAAUCUGGAAUUCUGCUUAUAACAGAGAAAUUCAGAAAUCUGUUGAUGAAGAGAACUUAUUUUCUCAGUCCACGAAAACUGCUUAUAAUUUACCAUUAAAUCAAGUUCAAAAUCUUUGUAAAGCUUUAAAUUUGGUUUCAAAGUAUAUUCCAAGUAAGCUUUAUCCCGAAUCAGUUCUUCGUGACAGACUUCAAAACCAUUUCAAUUAUCUUUCAGUGGACAAUUACUAUUUAUCGGGAUUAAAUGGUAAUGGUAAUAUUAAUAACCUUUCAUUUCAAGAAUUAUUAAAUGCUUGUCUUGAACGUAAUUUGAUAAUCGAUUUGAAAGAAGAGAUGUCAAAGUUUGAUAAGAUUGACAAUGAAGUUGACAAACAAAAGAUUCAAAAUGAACUCAUGAUCGAUUUAAAGGGUAAAUUGACUCGAUUCAUCAUAGACUUUCAGAAUUCUAAUAUUGGUUAUUUGACCAUCACCAAUAAUUUACCACCAGUUGAUAGUUCUAAACUUCAACAAUAUAGGAAUUAA